GCUGGCGGGCGCCAAGGGGGAGGCCCCCGCGGUGCGCACGGAGACCAGCCGAGUUCCUGGAGUCCUGAGCUCGGCCCUGCGUGUUGCUCUCAGCCCGGCCCCGGUGGCUGCGGGCGGCGCGGAUCCGCGGAGCGGGUGCAAGGCGGGGGGCGGGGCUUCUGCGCCCGGACCGGGGCCUCUGCGCCCAGGCCGUGCUCUCUGGGUAUAAACUGAACACACUGACUCCUGGGCUCCAACACGCCUCCCACCGGACAAAUAGAUCUUCUUCUGCACUUUCUUUGGACCUCCUGCCUCACCUCGGCUCCAAAUGGACCCCAACUGCUCCUGCUCCACUGGUGGCUCCUGCACCUGCGCCGCCUCCUGCACAUGCAAAGACUGCAGAUGCACCUCCUGCAAGAAGAGCUGCUGCUCCUGCUGCCCGGUGGGCUGUGCCAAGUGCGCCCAGGGCUGCAUCUGCAAAGGGGCGUCUGACAAGUGCAGCUGCUGCGCCUGAUGGUGGGGAGAGCAGGCCCCAGAUGUAAACAAAACAGCAUGGACAAACCUGCAUUUUAAAUUUUUUCAUACAACUUGACUUGAUGCUGCAUUCCUUUUUCUAUGAAAUACAUGUAUUGUAAUAAACGUUGUUGAUUUUA